UUUGCAAAUCAUAGAAGAGAGAUUUUUCAGAUCCGAUCAAAUCCGCGAUCGAGAAAAGCUGAGAAGAUGUCUACAACCUUCAGCGGAGAUGAAACGGCGCCGUUCUUCGGCUUCCUCGGCGCUGCGGCCGCCCUAGUCUUCUCCUGUAUGGGAGCUGCUUACGGGACCGCGAAGAGCGGGGUAGGUGUGGCGUCGAUGGGCGUGAUGAGGCCGGAGCUGGUGAUGAAGUCGAUUGUGCCGGUGGUUAUGGCUGGUGUUUUAGGUAUUUACGGAUUGAUUAUCGCUGUGAUCAUCAGUACCGGGAUCAAUCCCAAGACCAAAUCGUACUAUCUCUUUGAUGGCUAUGCUCACCUUUCCUCUGGUCUUGCUUGUGGCCUUGCUGGCCUUUCUGCCGGUAUGGCAAUCGGCAUUGUGGGGGACGCCGGUGUUAGAGCCAAUGCACAACAGCCCAAGCUCUUUGUUGGGAUGAUUCUCAUUCUCAUUUUCGCUGAAGCUCUGGCACUUUAUGGCCUUAUUGUCGGAAUCAUCCUCUCUUCUCGUGCUGGUCAAUCUAGAGCCGAGUAGACGAAGAACAAAUUUGAAUUAUCUUCAGGCACAUUUUAUUUUAUUUUUAUUUAUUUUUCUUUAUUCUUUUGGUCCAAGAAUAUGUGUGUUAAUUGCUUGGCUAGAACAACUGGUUCAUAUGUGAUGAUUUGCAUUUGUAGAUUAGGUCUCUCCUCAAAUAAAACUCAGGUAUUCUACUGUUGUAUUUUUCUGGGACCAGAAUGGAUUGCCUGUAUUAUUUAUUCAAAUUUUUUCCAAGGUUAAGCUAUUCUGAUAAAAAUUUCUGGUCAUUCUAAUCUCA